CCGGCCGAUUGGAGCAUAAGUCGCACGAGAUCAGUGCUGCAGAUUUUCCAUUGUCGGCUAGACUCUUCCCCUCCCACCAGCUGUAUCCCCAUAAAAACAAAUCGGGCAACUGAGAUUCUUCCUAUUCCGAGUGGCUGCCCCCCAGGGAGAUCCUCUCUUGCACCAGAGCUGGCCUUUGACUCUCAUUUCUGCUGAGGAAGCAAGUGAUUUCUGGGACAGAAUGCGGCCACUCGUCCUUCUGUUAGCCACGCUGCUGCCUGUGGCAAAUGUGGUAGCCAUGGAGUCUUCUCUGGACACAAUGCUGGAUUCUCAGUGGGAGCUUUGGAAGAAAAUUCACCGGAAAGAUUAUAAUGGCAAGAUGGAAGAAGUUCCCCGAAGGGUCAUCUGGGAGAAGAACCUGAAAUACAUCAACACCCAUAAUUUGGAAUUCUCCCUGGGAAGACACACCUUUGAGCUGGCCAUGAACCACUUGGGGGACAUG